AGCUGCACAUGUGUAGUCAGCCGGCAUUUUUCGAGUCGUGUUGUAAAUGUUGGUAAUUCGCCGUAAAUAUCUCUUGAUUCGUGCUCAAGAGUGGAGCAAGACCGCAAGGAAGAGAGUUUGAUGCAUCGGGAGCGAAGAACAGAAACGAUGGAUGGUUACGCUGCUUGGGUCUCGGCACGUUCGAAUUGGCAAAGUUCCGAAUUUGUCGCUGUGUUGUGUACGCUUGUGCGCUCGUCAUUUGCCGUCAUCGCGCGGAGAUAUUUGCGCUGGAUGUCUUUCACUUCGUGUGCAAAACUCUGCACGCUGCGGCAUCGAAGAAGUUUUCCUGUGUUUGGGUGCACGUAUGCGCUUGGACACGGAUAGCCUGCUUGCUCUCAACGGGUGUUCAACAGUCCACGCGCGCUCGUAACUUGCUCAUGAGGCAAGUUGCUGUUGUGCUGGAGCUGAGAAGAGGUCUGCUGCCUGCAAUGGGUCCAUCUCUCCCAAGUUAUUGCAGUAUUGUAGCUCUCAAGGUUCAAAAAAAGUAUGGUGGAAGCUGUUGCCAAGGUUCUGACCAGAAAAGACAGCCAGUAUAAAAGGGUCCACGCCACUGAUCUCUACUACAGGGAAUGAACAGCUCAUCGAGCACCCUCGAUUGAAGCCGGCCUUGUCCCGGAAGUUGGUGCUUCACAACUUUGCGGCAGCACUUUGUUGCACGGCCUGUGGAGACAAGGUUUCUUAGACAUGGCCAUGGCUGUCAAGGAAGAUGCCGAGGCCACAGGCAGUUCCUCCAGUGACCGUGAAAAGGUCCCCUGGGGCACAAGUCUGGUUUGGCACCCCCACCUUUCUCCUGCAGCUUUUCUGACUACUUAGUUAACCAGCCGUGGAGUUCAUCUGAUUGUUCUCAGCAGCAGAAAGCCAUAAUUGCUGGCCUACAAUGCCGAGCUGCACAAAAAGACGACAAAGCGCGCUGACACCACGUGGGCGCACGCGGCAGGUGCUUUACGUGGAAGCAGAUGAAGAAGAAGCCCUGCGCGAUACGGUGUCCACCAGACAGCUGCUUCGAUGCCCAACCUGAAAAGGAGCUCCGAACACAAAGGGUACCAACAUGACUUCCGAAACAUUGGCUACCUGAUGCCUUUGUACCUGUUGCCACUGCUGUUUUACGGGACACACGGUUCCCGGUCCCUCUACUGUGUGAUUUUGGUCAUGAGCUGGUGGAUAUUCGGUCCUUUGCCCAAGGUGGCCAACGCCUUCCUGUUGCUGUGCUGCCCCGCACUCCUCCAGGUCGCCGACCCGGAGCGCCUGGCUGCCAGCUUCUUCUCGGCGGAGGUGCUGGAGGCCACGCUGCUGCUCCUCCUGUCGACCGCUGACCGUGAGGUUCGCUCCCGGCUAGCGCCGUGGCUCGGCCUGCGUUCCCAAGCCGAAGGAAUGCGGCUGCGCUUCCUCUUCCCCGCCGUGUGCCUGGGCACCUUCGCUCUGGCCACGUGCGUCUCAGCGGCUCUGAUCACCGUCGUGCUCUUCGCGAUCGUGGACCACGCGCUGCGUUCCCUGGAGGAGGCGCACUUGGACACCCGUGUGUCCGGCGAGUCAGUUCCCUUGAUCGCCGACGACACGGAGCAUCUCGGAAUGCUGCUGCAUCACGCGGCCCCAUCUCCGCACUCUACUGCGGGCCCUCCCACGCCGCACCUCAUGGUCGACCACCCGCUCAACAAGUACUCGCCAUCCCGACUGCUGGAACGUCCGACAAGUGCCAAGGCUGCGAGGCCCGCAACCAGCUCUGGAUACAGCGGGGAAAAGAUGCCACUGGGAACGAUGCCUGGGCCACAGGCCUCUCGCGACAAUGCGAGGGUACCUUUGACGGCCACCGACCUUGCGAGUCGAGAGCCUUCCUACGUGCCCUGUGAGGAGCCGGUCAAGGACGGCACCCUCGCGCCUCAAGUCAGCUCGCAGAUUUCCGGUGCCAGCUCGGUGUUGGCAGAGCCACGACGCCACGAACCCCCGCUCUCCACCGAAGCCAGCAACCGCAGCUCCACGACAGUUGCAGCGACCGACGCCAGCGGACGCGCGAGUGGCCGCGUGAUAAGCCUGCAGCCGGUCCGCUCCCGCUCCGGCCACUCCGGCCACGAUGACGCUGUCUGCCACAAGACGAGCACCUCGUUUGGCCACCACUACGGCAUGGACGACCAGUCAAUAGGAGCAGAGCACAGGCACAGGAAGUACGGGGAGAUCCGCACAGCUUUCCUCGUGGGACCGGUCAUGAUGGCCGUGGUGGGGAACGUGAUCGGCUUCCGGACAAUGCCGUCCCGCUUGGAAAUGGCGCUGGAAGAGACAAGACACAGCCAUAUUGAGCACGCGCCCGAACUAACCCUGUGGUUGUGGGCAUUGCUGACGUUCCCGGGAGUGAUGGGCGUGGUGUUAUUCUGCUGCGGAUACUUCUACGUGGCAAACCUGCAGCGCCACGAGAAUGGGUGGCGCACGCCCGACGAUCACGCGAACGAACACGCUUCACACGGCCAUCGCGCGACCUUCCGUCGUCCCAAGAAGGGAAAGUACCUGUUCCUCAUCUACCUCGCUACGUACGGCGUCAUCCUCGCCUACGUGGUCGCCCUGAAUACGCACGCAACGUACGUGUGGACUCUGGCGACGCUGGUCGUGAUAGCAUCCAGUGUGUCGCAGCGAUUCGGCGAUCGCCACGCCUUCGAGCGACACCAUCUGAUCGAGAGUAUGCCCUGGGGCGUCAUCUGCGUCCUCGGCGGAGCGCAGCUCAUCACGCACGUUACCGUGGAAGGCCGGCUGGUGGAGCACCUGUUCGAGCUGGUGAGCCGAAGCUUCUGGCGCAACAACUCGCGCGUCACCAACCAGGUGCUGCUCACCGGCCUCUCUAGUGUGCUCGCCGAGGCUGUGGGCGUGGCGCCGCUGUGUCGACUCCUGAUGCCCAUAAUCGUCACCAUCGCCUCGGAGUCAAGCACGCGCCAGCUGUACUACCUAGUUCCGGUGUCCGUGGCGCUGUCCAGCAACAUGCUGAGCCCGGUGUCACUGCCACUCGCCUUGCUGCACGGUGCGCGCAACAUUUCAUUGCAGCAGCUGGCAUUUGUAGGACUGGCCGGCAAAUCCAUCCUGUUGGCAAUGGUGCUGGUGUCGGUCAACACAACGGGCAACUACUUCUUCAGAUGGCACGACCCUACCGCCGUGUCGCACCCCAUCAACCUAUCCACGGCAGUCUUAAAUCCUGGACCUUGCUGAGAGAGCGACAUUUUAUUUCUCCUGGCUACGCCCCGGACGAAUCGACGUCCUAUCAGCUCAAGAAGUUGGCGUGCUUGUAUAGAACAAAACUGUAGAUACGCACAAGGACACUUGCGCAAGUUCGUCUUCACUUUCUCCGUGGUGGCGUUUGGAUCGCGUCAAUUUUUCACCGACGCUCCCUUUCGCAGCGCAAAUGUGGCAGGCCAAUAUAUAAGCCUAUACGUAUAUGCGCUAUGUAGGGUAUUUUUUCCCGCAGAUGCGCGGGUCAUUGUGAUCGCAAGACUUCUCUGCUUUAAAUGAUUCGUGAAAACAUGCGUAUUGUGCGAAUUCUAAGGAAUGUUGCCAUCGUUUGUUUUAUUUUUCUUUAUAAGGGUUUUCCUAAAUGAAAAUAUAAUUUGCGCAUUAGCGGCACA